UAUAUUUGAAUAGUGCUUUGUCAAUUACCAAAUGCCUUCAUAUAAUAAAUGCACAGUUAUUCUGAGUACUUAAUCUUCACAUCGCUUCACGAGUUGGCUCUUAAUGAGACCUCUUGUAAAUUAAGGAGCUCAUAAUAAUAGCAAAGAUACAGCACUUACUAUGUGCCAGGUGCUCUUGUGUGCAUUGUACGUUUUAAUUCAUUUGAGCCUCCUCAAACUCUGAAGUAGCUAUUAUUACUAUUCCCUUCAUCUUGCAGAGGGGAGGAAGGAAGCUCAGAGAAGUUACUUGCCUACCAAAUUUUGAAUCCAGUUUCAUCCGAGAUUUUCAUUUCUAUCUUGCCUCUGUCUUCCUUGAUUUUUCACAGUAGAGAAGAGGCAGCGAUGGGGUGAGGUGUAGGUGAGGUAAGUAGUAUCCUUAUCCCAGUUUUCAGGUGAUAAGACUGAAACAGAGAAGUCAAGUGACUUGCCCAAGAUCACACAGCUAGGGCCAGGCAGGCCUUCUGAUUCCUCAGAUCAGUGAGCAGAUAUAAAAUCGGACAUAGGAAAAUUACCUUCCACUCGGUGUGACUUAAAGUCAGUAAUGUAGCUUGAUAGGAGUUGCCAGGCCUUCCCACCCAGGUGCACGGAGUCCUGGCAUUGUCUUCCAAGCCCAGUUUGUGGGCAGAGAAUGUUCAGAAGAGGGACCUCUGCACACAGCAGCCAUUUCAUUUUAUACCACAGAGACAUUGUGAAGGCACCUGCCUAGGGAUUCACACUCAGGUUGGAGGUACCAGAUAUUUUCACCUGUUGGCUGGCCCAGGGAAUGUGAUUGUGUAUAUGAGGCUGUGAGGGAGCUUCCCUGUUAGGUCAGAAAACUUGCCGACCCUGGUCCUGACCUUGUCUUUCUUGUAACCUGAUUUGUGUAAUGUGACUGGGCUGGCUGUGGAUAGACUGGAGGGUGGCCUUGCUGUGUUUCCUGGUGUGGGCAGGGAUGGUGGGGGGGCGGGGAGGGGAUUGCUGGCCAGCCAAGAGGUGGGUUUAGGUCGGGGCCUGGCUGAGUGAAGAAGGUGGGGACGACUCUCACAUCAGCCACUUAGAGCUCUGGUAAGUACCACAGACUCCCUUUGAGGCUCAGUUUUCUCAUUUAUAACAUGAGGAUUGAUUGUUGAUCUUCUGUGUGUGUGAAACGCCGAGGACAGUGUCUGUGACAUAGCAGCUGCUCAGAUUUUAUUAAAUUAAGUUGAAGACUUUAAAGAAAAAAGCCUUUUUAUAGUGCAGCGUGUUGUUGGAACUAAUCACUAGAAUCUCUCUGGGCAUUUUUGAGAUCACGCAAGGUCUUGGACAGCUCGGGUCCAGCUCGCUUUGGAGGAGGAGGGUGAAUCCGCAGGUGGUCUGUGACUCCGUCCAGCUGUGCAGUUCUAGAACAGAGGCAUUGUGCUCGGAGUAGGCCUGGAUGGCCACAUUCCCGAGGUGGCAGAAGCAGCUGCAGGCGCCCGGAGUUCACUGCCCGUAAGGCUGGCGUCAUCAGGGCUCCUGCAGGGAGCAGAUGGCCAUCUCAAGCUGGGUAAUUGGCGGCGAGUGUGGUAAAGCCACUGUUUACAAAGGCAAGGCCAGGGUUACGGGUGGUCCGACGGGUUUAGUGGCCUGGGAUUGUGAGGGGGCCCUGAGUGGCCCAGCACCCUAGGCUUGGAGGGGCAGGAGAGGGUUUGGUGAGCACAGCUGGCUGUGUGGGGGGGAAUGUUCCAUCACAGAGCCGCCCGCCUCCUGCUGGCCCCAGAGAGCUCAGGGUGCACCCAGGUGGGCUCCCAGGGUGUGGUGGAGGAGGGUGGAGGGUGGCUCUGGGGCAAACAGAAGAGGAAGUGAUUCAGGCACUGGAGGACAGAGACCAUUUAGGUCAGCUGUGCAUCCUUACAUUUUAGUUUGCUUUAGAUGAGGCUCAGUUCUUAAAAUACAGUUGAAGUGAUCGGACAGAGGUCCAUUUUGAAAGGGUCUACACUCAUGGCUUCUUUGGGAAGAUUCCUUCAGUUACAUAGAAUCCUGAAGACCCGCAUGCAGGUGCUUCUAAGUCAUUCAGAUGUGGUAUUUUGAAUAAUAAUCUUUCUCUUCCUCUUCCUCUUCCUCCUCCUUAAAAAGAGAGGGGUGGGGGAGAGAAUGACAGACUUACCAGUGAAAACCAUUUUUAAUUUGGGAUUGAUACAAAAGUGGGCCAAGUGCCAUAGUUUGCCAAGUCAUAGAUUUGGGCCGCUGUUUUUCGAAGUGCAGCAUGUAUGUGCCCUGUGUGCAAUUUUAGGGAGUGCACAGACAUUUUUAUAUUAAUAGGUAUGUUAAAUGGUAACAUAGAUUAGAAAAACUAGAGACCUGAUGUGUCCAGAGCUCACUACCUGUACGGCUGUAGCCAUCAGGGACCCUGCAGGAAACAGAUGGCACUUUUCAUUGGGUAAUGGAGCUGAGUUUAAUGUUUGAGUUCAGAUCAUUUUUGGUGGUAUUCCAUUUGGGAGUAAUACAAAGUUUUCUACAAAAUAAUAUUUGAUUUAUAAAGAGGUGGAUUCCUUAAAAAAAAUUUUUUUUUUAACGUUUACUUAUUUUUGAGACAGAGAGAGACAGAGCAUGAAUGGGGGAGGGGAGAGAGAGAGGGAGACACAGAAUCGGAAGCAGGCUCCAGGCUCUGAGCCAUCAGCCCAGAGCCCGACGCGGGGCUCGAACUCACGAACUGUGAGAUCGUGACCCGAGCUGAAGUCGGAUGCUCAACCGACUGAGCCACCCAGGUGCCCCUGGAUUCCUUUAACAAACAAUGUUAUAAGUAACAAUAUGCAUGCUACAAAGAUACAGCAAAAACUCCCAAAGCAGGUGUGAGAAUAGACUGCUUUGGAUGUAUUAGAUGGUCCUGUGACUCUUUCCCAGCACUGGCAUUCCUUGAUGGUUUCUUAUUUGGGGACCAUCUUACACAGAUGAAAAUGUUUUCAAGAAGUGCCUCAAGAAAUUUUGUCUAAGUUUAUGGGAGGAAAGAGAACAGAGCCAUUUUUAAGUGGAGUCCCAACUGAUACAUGGCAGGUGUGUCUCGUGACCCGUCUGCCCGUCUGCCUGGCCCCCGCUUCUCCUGGGGAGAACGGUUUCCUGGGUGGGAGCCCCGUGGAGUCAUAAAUCAUUCCCUGCACAUUAGGUUUCCCUAACUGUGCUCCUGUGUAGGAUUGCAGCGACACAGCCAGCUAUUUAGCCCCAGGACAACAAAUUAAGUCUAUCAAAGUACAGAAAUUCAGAGGCCGAGGCUUGCAAGUGCUUGCUUAAUUCCUUCUGGUAAUUACUGGGCUGGCGCAGGCAGGCUCUUCUCUCCUGGAUGUGGGCCGCCCUCCUGGCCACAUGCAAGGCUCAUUUGUCUUCAUACGCUUCUUCAGCACUGCCGUUGGGUUGGGGACACAUCCGUGGGAGGGUAGGGGCGGGCUGACACCUGUCUGCAGGGAGUUGUGUACCCAGGGCUUGUAAAUGCCCCGGAGAGUAGCAUGAACUCACCUGUCAGGUGUGCCUGGGCAGACAAAAGGCCGCCACCAAGCCUCGAGAGCUUUCCGAACAUUCAGUGCAGAAAGUAUCCCGAAAUUUGCUUCCCAGACAGUUUUCCUUCCAGCUCCCCAAGUUGGGCAUGUCUUCUCCCUGCCUCACUGGUGAUUUCUCUGUCCUGGGAGUGCACCUUGAUGAUCUUUGGAAAUUCUUUGCUAGUGCUAAGAGACCUUCUUAAUUUUUUACCGCCUGAUGAUCUUUUACUUCUGAUUACCUACUAAAGCCUUCCUAUUUUCUUGAGAUCCUGCGCACAGAGAGGCAUUUCCUGUCUCCUGUAUCUUGAGUUAAAAGCUUUAAGUAUGUCAUUUAAACCAACAAAUGCUGCGCUCUUCCUCAGCUUUAUUAUUCUGUGCCCUGUCACGAUGAAGGAUCUUUGCUGUGUGUUAAACCUGGAACUUAUGUUUGCAGUGGAACAGAACAAGAAAAGACCCAGAGCUUGCAGGGAGGGUGUAUUAAAUAGGAGUCACUUUCACCUUGGUGAAACGCUCAAAGCAAAAUGACUGUUACAUAUAAUAAGUGGCUUGUGCAAGGAGGUGGAGCUCCUCUCACAACUGCAGCCGGAGCUACAAUUAUUGAUUUCCGGGGCGGGGGGGAGAAUUUUGACUUGAAGCGGAAUUAAAGUACACGGAGAACAUGCUGCUGUUGCACAGAACUUGUGUAGAGGUCCUGGAAUCGGCCCAGGCGCCGUUAAUAGAAAACCGUGCUGCGGUCUCUGGCGGAUUGGGCUCUUCUUAGCUUUUAUUAUUUUUUAACGGCUUUAUUGAAUAUACUUUAAUACCAUAAAGUUAAUCCAUUUAAAGUAUAAAUUCCGUGGUUUUGAUUAUAUCCACAGAGUUAAGCAACCAUUAGCACGUUACGGAACAUUUUAUUCACCCCUACACGGAAACCCAUAUGCAGGAACAGUGACUCCGCAUUCCCUCCUCCAUCCUUAGCCCAGCCCUAGGCAACCAGUAAUACACUUUCUGCCUUUAUCUGAGACGUUUCAUACAAAUGGAAGAGCACAAUACGUGGCCUCUUGUGCCCGGUUUCUUUCCCUUAGCAUGGUGUUUUCAAGGUUCAUCCAUGUGGUGGCUGGUGUCAGUGCUUCACUCCUUCUAAGGGCUGAAUAAUAUUCCAUUGUAUAGAUAUUCUGUGUUCUGUUUAUUCAUCAUUUGAUGGACAUUUUGGUGGUUUAAGCAUUUUGGGGCUAUUCUCAGUCAUGCUGCUGUGAACAUUUGUGUACACAUUUAUCUUGGUUAUAGAUCUAGGGGUGAGUUGCCAGGUCAUAUGGUAAGUGUGUUGUUUUUUGAGGAAUUUUGUUGGUUUUAAAAAAAUUAUGAAAAUUUUUUUAUUGUACGUUUCAGUGGCAUUAAGUACAUUCACAAUGCUGUGCGGCCAUCGCCACAUUCCUCCUCCUAGGUUUUUAGGAAACAAGCAACACCAUUUCUUGGCCCCCCGAGGAGAAGUAACUUUAACUUUGAUUUGGCAAAGGGAGGGGGACAGAUUAGUAAAAAGCCUAGUCACUGUUACUUCCUUUUGAGAGCUAGAACGGGUGAAGGGUCCUUGGCCCCAAACCGUAGGGUCUGUCUCUGCAUGGGUGCUACCGCUUUAAAAAAUGUUGGUUAAGACCAGCAGCAGGGGAGGGGGUGUGUAACUUGAAGAAGCUGCCCAAGAACUGGGAGUAGGGGGCUAGAGAGGUGGGCUGCUGCCUGCAUUCUUGGGGUGCCUCCUGGGUACCUCUCCAGGGCACACAGCAGGAGUACAAGAGGCUUAUUUUCCUAGUGGAUCAACAGGUCUACCUGGGCUCUGACAGGUGGCCUCAGGGAAUCCUGAACGUAAGCGAUCACGAGUUCUAUUCACCGAGUCUCCAUCAUAGAACUAGAAGAGAUCUUGGAGAAGGUUUGUGUAGGCCGUGGGCAGCAGAGCCCCGACAUCCUUCUGCCCAUGCCCUGGCAGGCCUGCCCCCUUGCUCUCUCGGGACCCCCUUGUGCUCGUCCAUGACUCCAGCUUGCGUGUUGCUCACCCCCUGUCUGAGGAGUGCCUGCCUUCUUCCCUCAGCCUUGUCACGCCUUCACCUUGGCCGCUGCCUCCCCUGACCACUCCCUCCUGGGUCUGUUGCUCCGAAAUUCCCCCAUGCCUCCUUUCUCUGCUGCCCAUUUGGAGAAUGCCCUGUAGUGUUUGUAUUGUAUUCGUAUGUUUCACCUCUUUUUUUUUUUUUUUUUUUAAAUAAUAUGUCACUUGCUCACUGGCAAAGACUAUUUUAUUAAACUCUUAAGGUUCAGUUACUGGCAGACAGAAACAUCGAAUGACCAAAGUCAGGGUAGGUGCCACAGCCUACCCCCUCAGCUUGUUAACGAGAUGAUUCUUUUAAAAUAUUGACAAACCAUGUAAUUAAGAGCCGAUUAUUCACACAUCAAACAAUUGUUCACUUGAACUGGAGAAUUUCUUAAAAUAGCAGCUCCCCCUGGCUGCAUUUAUCUAUUUGUGUAGCUCAUUAGCUGUUUGGCAGAGAAAUUUCAAAAUGCCACGUAGGACCCAGUGCAUUUGAAGAACAGUAUGAAAUGAAGAGGAAGUAUUUCUGAAAUAUGUCACUUACUCAGAGACAGUCUCCCAGGAAUGUAUUUACGUUCAAAAGUGCAUGAUACAUUUAUGUGGGUAAAUAUAUUUAUUGUUGUUUUUAAACAAUUGCAUGAGCCUCACAGUAGUUUCCUCUUUGGAGAAGUGAGGAAACUAAGAAUCAGAAUGAUUUGCCCCAACUCAUUCACCUGGUCAGCAUUUGAGCAGAGAUUCAAACCAAAGUCUGUCUCCUUGGAAACCUCUGUGUUCUCAUUCCUUUGCAUGUCACUGUUAAGUGGGGGAUCCUCCUCGUGUCUAAUUAAAGUCUUGCUGUAAUUACGUUAUGGCCCACUGCCCUGGGGGACCUAUUAUAAUCUCAUGUAGCGUUUCAGUAGCAUUGAACAUAAUGGAGCAUCCAGGUGGGUCUAGAGUCGGAUGCGCCAAGGUUUGCACCAAGGCUCCGCUUUAUAACUACUUUACACAGCCGGCUUGCCCUAAGUGAAGGGGGUGUGACAGCUGUGUAAACUUCAAGGCCUGGUUUGAGUGUUAGAUGAGGUUGUACACAUACAUACAGUGCCUUCCACGGGGGUGUCGGCACAUGGUAGACGUUCAGCAUGAACGUUAGCCAUUCUUACUGUUGUUAUUGCUUAUGAGGGGUAUGGCUGGCUUCAGACGCGUGUUUAUUACUCCAGACUCAGAGGCAGAAUUCAGAGGCUGGUGGGUGACAACUGGGAAGGGGGCGGGGGGGAGUGGCUGCCUGGAGCGUCACUUCUUCACGCCUGCCUUCAGUAGCCUGGCUCUUCCUCCCUCCCCCACUCUCCCCUCUCUUUCCUGCCCUGAUCAGUGUUUCCUGUGACAGCCUGGGAGGAUUUCUGCCUCAGAUGUUGGAUUGGUCCCUUCCGACUCUUAGAACUCGUGAUUUCAUUUUUUGAAUCUCGGGCAUUAAAAAAUAGAUGUCCAUGGCUCCUUGGAGGGCAGAACGUUUCUGGGAGAGGGAGAAACGACCUUCCUCAUAGGCUGGACGCUGCCUCAUCUCUGUGCUUUCUCGGAACCACAGAGUGGAGAUGUCCUUCCCACUCAGACGCUGAAACAGUGUGUUUGGCCUAACAAGAGGACUUUUGAGUAAAGUGGCCGUGGGCUCUUUCUGUUGUCCUGGUCACUGCUGUUCGGAGCUUCUGUGCCUGCCCCGUGACCUGGGGAUGAGGCAUUCUCCCUGGGGCACCUUGUGAGCGUGGUGGGGCUUAGCUGGUUGGCUCCUUUCCCUCACAGGGGCCCUGCCUGGCCGUCCCAUCAGCCCUUCAAGGUUUGACCUUCACCUUCCAGGCAGAGUCAUCAGAGGGCGAGGGUCUCAAGCCUUCUACAAGAUACCAAUUCACCCUCAGAAGUGAGAACUCACUUCUGAUUAAUAACUCAGAUUAAUGUCUUAGUCCACACGGCGUUUUUUAAUCGUUUACUUUUUCCCUUCGUCUCCUUGCCUCUUAGUUAUUCUCAAUCCUGGUUUGGGUACCCUGGAGGGUUCUCCAGGGAUAUGGUGACAAGGUUUUGCUCUCUUGUGAAUAUGUGCUUGUUUUCAGACACUGUACCUUUUGGGGUUUUUUUGAUAGAAUUAUUAAACCAGUUCACUUAAAAAAGAAACUCUGUGGAACACUUUGCGGUCUGCAGUUUCACAUGUAAGGCAGGCUUUCUCCACCCCAGUGCUCCCGAGCCUCUCUGUUGGAAGGCUGUCCGUGCGGCAGAGUGAAGGCCUCUGAGCACUAGAUGGCAACACCUGCUUCCCUCGGCUGUGGCCACCGGAAAUGUCUCCGGGCACUGCCUGAUGCCCCUUGGUGGGAGCAGAGUCACCCCUGCUUGAGAACUGCAUCCCGCAACCUCUGGCUGGCCCCCGCUAGCUUCUCCUGCCACCCCUCCUCUUCCCUUGGCAUCACCAGGAGACACGGGCCGAUGGGGAGGAGCGCCCUUCACUGGCCCGUUGCAGCGCAGAGCAAAGAAGGGGUUUGUGGCCUUUUCCCGGAGUAUUCUGCAUCUCAGAGGAAGGUUGAAUCAUCAAAUUGUGAGCCCAGCGGUCUUUUCCUUGGUGCAGAAUGGCCGGAGUAAUUUUAGUUAUCAAAGGAUAGGGGGUAGGAUAAAUGUCUUGCUGUUACUUCCUUGACCAUGUUUCCUUUAGAGUUUGUCAUUUUUCCCCCCCGUAAGUUUUGUAGAACCAGAGUGUGCGGUCUUUCGAACAGCAUUUAUGCUUAAAUGCUAUUGCCGUCUCAGGGAGUAGACAGAAACUGGUAUAGGUCCCAAAUACAGGCGGGAUUAGGACGGACGUUGGAAAUUGGAAGAAGAGGUGGGUUACUCACAUUCUGAGAUGGACGCUGGAAUCUAUUCUGCGAGUUUUCCUGGGAAGCUGCUGAGUAGCAGCUGUAAAUCCCAUGGUCACGGGUAGAAGACACCCCCCUACCGUUGAGGAGCUGGUAAGCCAGUGUGUGUUGUGCUCCCGUGGAGCUGUGGAAGUCAGGAAGUGUGGGUCCAGUGGAAACGUAGGAGAACAUAGUAUUUUGGAUGCUGGUACCCUCCAGAUCUGCCCCUUGCGGGUAUGUUGUUUCAGUUAAUAAGGGUCUGAUCAUUUCUGGGUAGAUCUGAAGUGCGGGGUUAAGGCUGGGAGGCCGAAGGAGAGAAGGGAUCACUCCCAUAUUCCUGUGGUUCUCUCAGCGGGUUGCAGGUGCAGCUGGGACAGUCUGGACUGUUCUUGAUGCGGUUCCUACAGUGCCCACACAGCAGGCUCCCCAGGGACCAGGAGAGCCUCUGAGCUCAGUUCUGGAUCCUUUCGUGAUGCCCGGAAGCCUGCCCUGCUGGUUCUGGGGACACUGCAGGCUCCUUCCUGUACUUGUGGCUUUGGUUCCAUCCUCCCUGUCUUUCCUGGAGCAGAAAAGUGGUUUCUGUUUAACUACUCAGCCUCUUAGCCUGUGCUCCCUUUUAACCGACAGAAAUCUUAUGCUGAAAUUUGCAAACUAUUCAUGCCAAAGAAAACGAUUAAUUAUGAUUUGCUGCUUUCAACCACAGAUGCUCCCCUUUAAGGAUUCUGACAGCCCACACAUCCGCUGGGGAACUGCCUUGGGCGUCCCAUAGGUUGCUGGGCCUUCCCAGAGGAGCUCCGUUCUUGGCAGCAUUCUCGGCGAGAGUCCGUGGACUUAACAGAAAUCCCCCGAUCGCCUUGAACUGUGCUGUCUGUAGCUUUGUUCCUUACAGUAACCAUAACAUCUGACCUUCCCGCGUGUAGUUGGGGCUCAUCUUACUUCUGGUAAUUUCAUGCAGUUGCUCUAGGAAACCAGAAGCGUUCUUCCUCCAGUGAAUAUUUCGUCCAUCCUUAGUUUUCAAAGAGGGAUUUCCAGUGAUAGACUUUAAGAAGUCAGAGAUUUUGGUCCAAUAAAGGUCACUGCCGCCUCUCUGGUUUCUGAAACUGUAUCUGGCGCCCAAGACAUUUGUGGAAUGAAUGGAAUAAAAUCACAUUCGCAGGCAAAGCAGGUACUUAAGUUGCCAAAGAGCUGGGAGUUGUGUCUCAUAAAUGGGAAAGCAUUUUUAGUGGUUCAUCAGUGUACUUAAUGAAAAGACCUGAUUCCCUUUGAUGUGUAAAUUACUCAGUGGAAGUAUGCUUGCUGGUGUUUCCAUGUUAUUUUACGUACAUAUUUCCUGUCAGUGUGCCAGGUGCUCCCCGUUACCCAGAGCCACAUGGUGUCAUAGCCACACCCUUUCAGUGAAGCUUGUCAGGGGUGGUGUUGAAAUGUUGCUUGCUGUGUUUAUGACACAAGUGAAAUUGAAUCCUUAAGGUCUGAAGUGUAUGUAGCAUUCUCCUUCCUUGGUAGAAAGUGAGUCGCCGGAUCUGUAGGAGUAGAAUGGUCGGUUGGAACAUUCUUGGAUUAAAGAAAAGCAGUUAUAAUGAGUUUAUUUGCUAUGCAUUCCAACCCCAUUAAUCCUGAUGAGUUCAGCCUGGAUUAACGUAUGGCAUGCUUUUCUUCCGGACUUCCAGCUUGAGCAUUAACUGCUUGUAUACCGUGCCAGGAGAAUGGGAGCAGAGUGGGGAUCCCCUUUAGGCUGCUUCAUCAUGCCCAAAGAAGCAGGAGAGGACCUUGUGUGAUGUGAGCAUAUACCCAGCUUGGUGCUGUGUUCACUUGAUUGGGCGGCCCAUAAGGGAGCGGUCCUCAAGCUGUUCAGUCCCAGAACCGCCUUGUGCUCUUACAGACUAUUGAGGACUCGAAGGAACUCUUGCUUAUGUGGGUGGUAUGUAUCUACAUUUAUCAUCUUACAAAUUUGAGUUUGGAUCAGCUUCAAAUAUUUACGUACUAAUCCAUCUAAAAAUAACAAUAAACCAUUUUCUGUUAAUGUAUCAUUUCUAUGAAAAAUAACUAGUUGCUAAAUAAUUUAAUAGGAGUAGUGUCAUUUUACAUAUUUACAAAUCUCUUUAAUGCUCAGCUUAAUAGAAGGCAGCUUGAUUGUUAUGUCUAAUUAUGCAUCAGUCGGUUUUGAUGUCUGUUUUAGUUGAAAUAUAUAAAGAAAAUAGCCCUCAGGUAGAUACUUGGAAAAGGAUAGUAGCCUUUUUGGAUAAUUAUGAGUGUUUUUUUUUUUUUUAAUGUUUAUUUAUUUUUGAGAGAGAAAGACAGAGUGUGAGCGGGGGAGGGGCAGAGAGAGAGGGAGACACAGAAUCCGAAGCGGGCUCCAGGCUCUGAGCUGUCCGCACAGAGCCCGACGCGGGGCUCGAACUUAUGAACCUCGAUAUUAUGACCUGAGCCGAAGUCAGACACUUAACCGACUGAGCCACCCAGGCGCCCUGAGUGUUCUUUUUCGAUACUGCACAAAAACUUGAAAGGUUGGUUCCACAGUGGAAUCUAAAACCAUAUUGACAGGCUUUUUGUACUUGAAAAUGUGUCUGUUUUGUACUUUUUUCAAAAAUUCCGCUUUGUACUUUGAAUCAGUCGUUUGUCCAUGUUUCAGUGAAAUACUGUCUUACUGAAUUAUGCAGAUCUUCAAACGUUGACAGAUUUCAUCAUGUAAUUGUUUUCUAAAAAUCGCAUUUGUUAACAUCACCACCAGUGUCAUCAGGAAACUGUUUUAAGUUUUGGGAAUCUUUUGAGUUCUUGGUGACGGAUGCAAGUUUUCCAAAAUUCUAUUUUUUUUUUUUUUUGUUUUUUUGUUUGAAAGCUCAAAUUUUAUCGUUGGCAACAAGCAUUGUUAGUUAUUUUCCUUCUAGCUUCUGCUCCUUUUAUUUCAGAGUUUUAUUCCUAAGAUACAGAUCCGAUCAUGGCUCUUGGCUGUCUCUCCCUUCCCGGAAGAACAAAGUGUAGUUUUCUUGGCUUGGCCACAAGGACUUGGAUGAAUUUGCCCCCAUCUCCCAGCACUUUGAUAGUUUCCAGCCUCUGUGUUUUUUUGUUUUUGUUUUUUCAUUGGCUUAAAACAGCACACAUUUAUUGCCUGAUGGUUCUGGAUGGAGGUCAGAAGUCCGAAAUACAUCUCACCAGGCUCAAGUCAAGGUGGUGGCAGGGAUGUGUUCCUUUCUGAGGACUCUUGAGAGACAGUCUAGUUCCUUGUCCCUCCCAGCCUGCCUGCCUUCCUUGGCUCCUGGUCCCCUGACACAUUCAAAGCCAGCAGUGGCUGAUGGUGUCUUUGUCACAUUGCAUCCCUCUGACACUGACUCUCCCGCCCCCUCUUCCACCUGGUGGACCCUCGUGACUACGUCAGGCUCGCCACAGGAAAAUCUUCCCAUCUCAAGGUCAGCUGAUUAGCAUCUUUAUUCCUCUUGCAACCUUAAUUCGUCCUUGCCAUGUAACCUAACAUAUUCACCAAUUCCUGGAAUUGGGAUUUGGAUGUUUGGUGGGGGGACUGUAUUAUUCUGGCAGCCACAGUCAAGCCUGUCUAGUUUCACAGUUCAGUUCCUGCUGUCUAUAUGUUGGCUAGACUUGUCCUUUAGGGCUUCACUGCAAAGGCCUUUCCUCACGUCUUCAGGUGGGGCCAACCACUUUCUCUUCAGCCAAGACAGAGACUCACAUAUGAGCCACACCACCUCAGUGCCCUUGUCCCCAGUAAGGCAUCUGUAGGUCAGUCUCCCCUGCGGGGCCGUGACCCUCUCAGUGCCCUUGUGGUACCUGGCAUAUGGUAGAGAAAGAGCAACACGCUGUCAAUUUGGGGCAUUUGAUUAUGGGCCGUGUUUUAGAUGCCAUCGACUGCAUUUCAGUUUCUUCGGUGUGAUAAUGGCAUUGCAGUUUUGCCGGAGACGUUGUUCUUAGGAGUUACCAAAAUAGAGGUCAAGUGUCACGGUAGCUAUUACAGCUCACUAUCAAAUGGUUCACGAGAAAAGUUUAUAUAAAAAUAAAACGAACAUGGCAAAAUGAGAAAUGUCGUUAAAUGUAGAUGAAGGGUAUGUAAACGUUCCUUUCGUGUUUCUGUAGGUUUGCACAUUUUGCAAAUAGAAAGCGGAAAAGAACGAAGCCUUGAGUACAAUGAGCGUACAAAAGGUGUGGGUCGGGGUAGAGUAGGAUCUCCGUGGUUGGAAAUCUGGUUUGCUGCUGUGGAAGUUCCAAAACUCUGUUGAUUAGCGUCUUGACGUGCAUCUUCGGUGUGAUGAUAAUCCGCUCUGGGUUUCAUUAGUGCAGAUCACGUCAGGAGACUUUAAUUAAACCUCUCCAGCUCCUGGGUGAGCGCGUGAGUGUGUGCAGAGUAGAAGUGGUAGGAUUGAGGAGACAGAGGACUUUAUAUCAGCAGAGGUAACUUGCUUUCGGAUGGGGGGGCUCCGGCCACUCGAUCCCAUUCCUUGUGGGACUGCAGGCCACUCCGCUAGGCUCAUGGUGACAGCGUGCGUUCUACAUUUAGAGCACCCUGGCCCAUCCUGAGGUCUCCAGGGCAGGCGUACGUUUGUGCCCAUCUGUCAGCCGGUCCAGAGAGUCUUUGGCAAGAUGGCCACUCACAGGUGGAGUCUGUUUCCUGAGGGACCCAGAUAAGACUUUCUGCCCCCGCCACUUUCAGUUCUCAGUGCGGUCGUCAGAGGUGGGGGGGGGGGGGUGGAUUCUCUCCCCACACGGCUUUGUGCCUUCCCAUCUACCACCCAUCUACCUUUGUGCCCUAGGUCUGUGGAGGGAGUCUGUCUGGGUGAUGCUUGUUUGAGAUUUGGUCCUCGUUGGUGGAGGUCACAUGGAGCCGGAGGUGCCCAUCUCAUCCCUCCCGAGACGUCUUUGCUCCAGGACCCAGGUGAUCCUCGGGUGACGAGUUGACAAGUCCUCACAUCCGGUUCCAGAUUUGAUCAGCACAAUGGGGUGCAAAGUUCUGCUCAGCAUUGGCCAUCAGAUGCUGCGCCGGAAGGUUGUGGACUGCAGCCGGGAAGAGAGCCGGCUCUCUCGCUGCCUGAACACUUUUGACCUGGUGGCGCUCGGGGUGGGUAGCACGCUGGGUGCCGGCGUGUAUGUCCUGGCCGGAGCUGUGGCCCGUGAGGACGCGGGCCCUGCCAUCGUCAUCUCCUUCCUGAUCGCAGCACUGGCCUCAGUGCUGGCCGGCCUCUGCUAUGGAGAGUUUGGGGCUCGGGUCCCCAAGACAGGCUCGGCCUACCUCUACAGCUACGUCACCGUCGGGGAGCUCUGGGCCUUCAUCACUGGUUGGAACUUAAUCCUCUCCUACAUCAUUGGUACUUCAAGCGUGGCGAGGGCCUGGAGUGCGACGUUCGACGAGCUGAUUGGCAAUCCCAUCAGGGAGUUCUCACGGAUGUACAUGGCUCUGAAUGCCCCCGGAGUGCUGGCCGAAAACCCAGACAUAUUUGCUGUGAUCAUAAUUCUUAUCUUAACAGGACUUCUAACUCUCGGUGUGAAGGAGUCAGCCAUGGUCAACAAAAUAUUCACUUGUAUCAAUGUUCUGGUCCUGGGCUUCAUAAUGGUGUCAGGAUUCGUGAAAGGAUCGAUUAAAAACUGGCAGCUCACGGAGGAGGAUUUCAAGAACACAUCCCAUCAUCUCUGCCUGAACAAUGACACGAAAGUAGGGAAACCUGGUGAUGGUGGAUUCAUGCCCUUCGGAUUCUCUGGCGUCCUCUCGGGUGCAGCAACCUGCUUCUACGCAUUCGUGGGCUUUGACUGCAUUGCCACCACAGGUGAAGAAGUCAAGAACCCUCAGAAGGCCAUCCCCGUGGGGAUUGUCGCUUCCCUCCUGAUUUGCUUUAUUGCUUACUUCGGGGUGUCUGCCGCCCUCACACUCAUGAUGCCGUACUUCUGCCUGGACAAGGACAGCCCCCUGCCCGAUGCCUUCAAGCACGUGGGCUGGGAAGGUGCCAAGUAUGCGGUGGCUGUCGGCUCCCUCUGUGCUCUCUCUACCAGUCUUUUAGGUUCCAUGUUCCCCAUGCCUCGAGUUAUCUAUGCCAUGGCUGAAGAUGGACUGCUGUUUAAAUUUUUGGCCAAAAUCAACGAUAGGACCAAAACACCAAUAAUCGCCACGUUGACCUCAGGUGCCAUUGCUGCUGUGAUGGCCUUUCUCUUUGACCUGAAGGACUUGGUGGACCUCAUGUCAAUUGGCACUCUCCUGGCUUACUCUUUGGUGGCUGCCUGUGUGUUGGUCUUACGGUAUCAGCCAGAGCAGCCUAACAUGGUAUACCAGAUGGCCAGAACCACCGAUGAACUAGAUCACGUGGACCAGAAUGAAUUGGUGAGCACCAGUGAUUCCCAGACAGGCUUUUUACCAGAAGCAGAAAGGUUUUCUUUGAAAACCAUACUUUCACCCAGAAAUAUGGAGCCUUCCAAAUUCUCCGGGCUAAUUGUGAACAUUUCAACCAGCCUCAUAGCAAUUCUUAUCCUCACCUUCUGCAUUGUGGCUGUGCUUGGAAAGGAGGCACUGACAAAAGGGGACCUGUGGGCAAUCUUUAUGCUCACCAUAUCUGCCCUUCUCUGCUCAGUGGUGACAAUCAUCAUCUGGAGGCAGCCUGAGAGCAAGACCAAGCUCUCCUUUAAGGUGCCUUUCUUGCCCGUACUUCCCGUCCUGAGUAUCUUUGUGAACGUCUAUCUCAUGAUGCAGCUGGACCAGGGCACGUGGGUCCGGUUCGCAGUGUGGAUGCUAAUAGGCUUCAUCAUCUACUUUGGCUACGGUCUGUGGCACAGCGAGGAGGCGUCCCUGGCUGCCGAGCAAGCAAGGACUCCUGACGGCAAUCUGGACCAUUGCAAGUGACACACAGCCCCGCCCCCAGAGGUGGCAGCAGCCCUGAGGGAUGCCCGCAGAGGUCCGGGAGCACCUCGCUCUCUCCACCAGUGCAUCAGGCCCCCCCCCCCCCCAUCCAAGCCCCACCGCAGCAGAAGGUGCAGCUACUUGAAACGCAGCCUCGGCCCACAGCCCGUGUGUCUUGCACAGACUUGCCCCAUGGCAGGUGGCACCAGGUCCCAGUCACCUCUCUCAGCUCCCCGGCUGGGGCCAUUUGGCUGUGGUUUCCACUGUGUCUCCUGACAUCCCUCUGAACAAAGAGAACAGCUCCCGUCCUCGCCGGCUCUGUGUCCGUGCUGCUGCGGCCGCAGAAUGGCGGCCACCUUUUCUCGUCACCUUGGGAGUCCAGGCCCCCCCACCCAGGACCGCUCUGGCACUGAACACGUGCAUACUCCACACUUUCCGCAGCCACCUCCCUGCUCAACCCUGAUGGCCGACCGUACACGCAGGAUGAGUCACCCAGACAGUGCGUCCCCAGUAGUGCUACCCCCGGAGCCAAAGGACAGCUUAGAAAGGAGAAGCAGGACUGGUUUCCUUCUCCCACUCCUGUCCUCUGUGCUUCCAGAAGGGGUCGUGAGGAAUGUGAGCCCUCCCUCACUUCCUCUUCCUGGCAGCGGCUCUGCCCCGACAGCUGACGGAACCCGGCCCGCUCCAUGGUGGCACCGAGGCCACCGCGGGAACCAGGCGGAAGGACCGAGGGCUGGCCGGCUCCGUUCCUCAUGCCUAAGCACAGGGCCCUCCGCCAGCUGUGCUCCCUCCGGGCCCAGGCCAGUUCUUGCUGCUUCUGGCGUCUUGCACGAAGGCGGCAUGUCCCGAGCAACCGGAACGUGACGCUGCGUUUACGUGGGCCUGGCCUGAGAUCAGCAGAGCUUAGAGCGCUGUUCUCUGUGGGUCUCUGCCAAGCGCUGACUCCCUCCCUCUGGCGCGUGCGGGUCAGUUUCUCGAGUGUUGCCAGGCUCCCAAGGCAGGCGUCUGCUCCUCCUGACGCGACGGUGGCCGGUCCUCCCAGCUGCUUCUGGCCCCUGAGGUGAUCUCUUUGGCCCUUCUCUUCUCUGUAAUCAAGCUGAGUCCCGUUAGCAUCUGUGAAUCGCUCCAAAUUAAGUUGGCGCUUAGUAUUCACUUGGAAAAUGGCCAAAUAUUUACUCGGUGUGGGGUCCGCGCGUAAGAAUUUGGGGUCCUGUUGCUGUCCCUGUCGUGUAUCUGUUGUCCACAAGCUGCAGGUUUGUAUAUGGGUUUGUAGCCCGGGCGCGGACCUCCUGUCUCCAUAAGUUUUAAGCUGGAGAGCCAGCUGGGGUCCCUGUACACAGCGUGCCCCCUCCCACGCACCGGAGCACUCCAUGGCUCACACACUUCUUGCCGAUAGGAGCCUGAGGAAACACGAGCACUGAUUCCAUCUUCCUUCCCAUUCGAGUGUGGCUCAGGAGCCAGAAGGGCCCCCUGUUGAUGGCAGGUGAGGGACACGGGCCUGUGGAUCCCCCGGAAAAUGUAAAUGCUGCUUUUGAAGCCCAGACUCCCAUUUCUUCCCCUUCUGGCCUUUGACACAAAUAUGGUAGAACGAAGCCUGAUAAAUCGGCGGCACUUGUCUCAUCUCCCUCGGUGGCUCCUUGGAGAGAAUUGCAGGAAUUCACGAAGUGGCCAGGUGGCAGAGUCAGUCGGUGGGGGGGUGGCGGCCCGCCUCUGCUCUAGGCCCCGGUCGCCUUGCCGGAAGCUUUAUUCUAAAUUAUCGUUUGUGAAUGUUACAGAGGGAGGGGCCUAAGAGCCCAAAGUGUGGGUUUCCAAAGAAAGAUAUUUAAAUUUAUGUAGAUUGGUGCUGUACAAUAUUUUGAUAAAUAUUAACUUAUUUUGUUGGGGUUCUUCUUGUCUGCUGUCUUUUAGGGUUUGUUAGCUAUUUGUUUGCUUGAUUCGUCUGUUGUUUUUCCACAUAGGCAAAGAGAACUUGAGGGAAAGAGAGUGCCCAAGACGGAAGGCAGAGGGAAGAGAAAAAAAUUUUUUUUUUAACUUUAAUUUCUCUUUCUGAAAUGUCUGUGCAAGAGAGCACACAACAGACUGUGUAUACAGUUGACGUUUCAGCUGGCAUCGUGGAUCGUUCUAGCAACCGACAAGGUGUGUUUGCCUGAUAACAGACAACAUGCCGCGGGGUGAGGGCCUCCUGGCGCGUGAGUCUCCCCCUUCCUCACCCCAAAGCCGGAAAGUGCCUCAGCAAGGCUCACCCGCGCGGUGGUGAAAAGCCCCCGCUGCCUCCCUGUCAGGGCCAGGAGCCUCCCGUUUAGGACAGGACACCUGAGGGGGCAUGGAUAAAUAGUUGGCGAGGUCACCGCGCUUCUGUUGAGAGUAGCUUCUGUGCGGUUGCCAGAGCUUUCCUCUCCUGUACACGAGGACAGUGAUGUCGCGAGCGCCAUUUGGGGUAGGCCUCCCCCGUGUGGACAGGCUUUUUCUUACCCCAGCCUUCAUGCCUUCUCCGCAAAUACACACACACACACACACACACACAGGCAAGAAAUAACCACCAGAAGCGCCCAACAGUUGGCCUUCCCCCUCCCCCACCCCCGCCUCCCCAGUCCAAGCAAGACUGAUUCUCGGUGUCAUGGCUUGGCCACUAUUUUCCUACAUCAUCAGAAAUCCCACACUUCUAGAGAUGCCCUUCAGGGACGUUGUGUCUGCUUUUCUCUGUGGCCCAGCCCCAAACAACCCACGUUGGAAAGACCCUUUUGUGUUGAAUAAGCAGCCCUUCCUGCCUCCCGUGGUCCCCCCGCCCUACGUGUUCUCACGACCCCGUGAAGACUCACAAGACGCGAGCCGUGGAGCCCCAGGACCUCUGCUGAAGAGCGAGGGGUCGCCGGGGAGGCAGUCGGGCUCCGUGGGUGGGGGAGGCCGAGCCUGCUUCCAGGAGGACCGUCAGCAGAAGAUUGGGCCUCUGCACACGCCUCAGCCUGCCCCACCGGCUCACACCCCUCAGCCCAACUCUGGGCCCCGUUUGUUUUUCCAAGCCAAUAGCGGGGAGCGAUAGGGCCAUCUUUCCCAAGCUGUUUCGGAAGGACUGCUGAACUGAUACUGUUGCCAGAGCCCCUCGGCCCCCUGACUCGUGGUUUUGCUCCACUGAGUCACCUCUGUCAGGACAUGGUCCCAGGUGCUGGUGCUGUGGUUCGGGUAUCACAGCCCCCCUGCCUGCCACGUGUCCACAGGUGACCGCACCGCGGUGGGGGCUUCACCCACCCCGAGCUCCUCAGGCCCUGGCCCGCUCCCGUGUGCACACCCGGACGAGGCACCUGGCGGUCGUUCGUGGGGCUUCCUGCGUGGCCGUGGCCGCGACCUGGGCUCUGCUGUCUCCCCGCCCCUCCGUCCCUGCCAUCCCCACCACUGAGCGGGCGUUCUGAAUUGACUGAGGUUUGCAGUCUGCCCAGGAUGGCCCCGAGCCUGACACCGGCAUAGCACAGGGGCAGAAUCUGGGCUCUUUGGGGGCGUGUGGGCAUGCCUCGUAAAGGCCCCACCCGACUAGGUGGGCUUGUGGGCAUUUCAGGGGCCUCGCCAACCUGCUGGCUCUGUGCCAGGGCCCAUCUUCUGGAUUCACGUGUUCUGCUUUCACACAUCUAGUACGAGCCGAUUGCUCUGUCGGCUCCCUAGGGCCAUCUCCGUGCCAGGCCCCGUCCCCGAGGAGUCCUGGCACGGACGGAGAAGUGUUUCCAGGCACGUCGGCACUCUGCCGGACACAGGUGUGUGACGCUUGUGUGCGGAACUGUUACAGAGUUACCGGCAGAUGGAACUGAAUAUGUGUUACGUAUAUUUGUCACGUAUAAUUUAAGAUCGGUGUUUGCCAUCAUCACGAGAGUAUUGUAAGGCUCCUUAGGGAGAGUGAGAGACCUUUUGUUGGACUCUUGUGGACUUUUUUUUGGUAUGAAGUGCUUUAUCCAGUGGUGCAAGAGGAUGCACUCCGUAUUUCAUCAUCAGAGUUAUGAUGCCUAAUGGGUUUGUAAGGCAAAAAAAAACAAAAAACAAAAAAAGUCAACUGACUUCGAUACUAUAUUCAUCACUAGAAGCCAGAGUGUUUAUGUGCCCGUCGCUUCAUUGAGCGGCAGUGCUCUCUUUCAAGAGGGACGGGGACCAGCCAAGGGUCUCAGGGCACAGUUAUCAAGGACCCCUCCUGGAUCACCCUGUAAGUGUGUUGAACUGCCGGCUGAAAAACCCACAUGAAAUAAAGACCUUGGCUGUGAAGUCCAGAUUGAAUUUCUCAGGGUAUGAGCAUGUCCCACAGGGUCAGGAAGACGCGCUAAGACUUUGUUAAAUUAUUAACAAGGUAUAUGACUUUGUGUUUCUUGAUGACAGACUUUUUUCUUUUUUAAAGUUUGGGAUUUAUUUUCCCGUUUGAGAAGUUGUAAUAUAUGUAUUUAAAAUAAGUUUCCCGCUUAAGUUGUGCCUUUCAGCGUCGAUGGAUCUAAGAAGCACAGAGGGUGAUGAUCCUGGUGAGGGCUGGUUUAUUAUCAAACCUGAAGAGCUGUGGUUUCUCCAGUAAACUUUUUCUUCUCCUGAACGUGCAGCCGUUGUUAAAAGAAUUGUGUUUCUCAUUCUGUAAAUUGUAUAAUGUUUUUUGCUUGUUUGAUGUUCUAUUUUUCUAAUAGUUUUCUUAUAGUUUCUUACAAUUGUGAUACUAGAUUAAGAUUCUGACACCCAACUGCAAAGCAGCCUGUCUCUGCUGGCCCCUCCUGGUUUUAUUUUAAGGACAAGCGUAUAGGUCAUCCAUCACCUUUAAAAAAAAUGUGAAACUGCUCUGUAUCCCAUUUUUGCUGACAACACUGUAUGUUGACAACCUCCUACUAUAUGUUGUAAAAUCAAACUAUUUUGUGGUACAUUAUCUCAUGCUUCUGCAAACUCUAAUAAAUUCUGUCUCAAGCAUU